UUGGGAACCCAACUGGCCGAAGAGAUUGGCUCUGCCAGGCGUUCAAAUGACGCCCUCGAGCAACGGCACAACGCAUUCCACCCGCCUACUCCUUCACGUGACGUCGGACCCGUUUCUCUCACCGGCACACACUUGCGCCUGACCCUGCCCCGUCCGUCUAUCGACGCGACGAGACGGCAUAAACCAACUCAACGGGCCCUUCGGUUGUGCGCCGCAUUUUGCGUGUCCUUCAACUUGCCCCUGGCAAACCGUCGCGCAGCCAAUGGCCCGAAACCAGACACCUUCGCGCCACAACCUCUCGUGUCCACUCAUCGUGCAUGGGCAGCAGCAGCAGCAGCAGCAGCAGCAGCAGCAAUUGGCUCUCCGACAAUCGGUAGCCGCCUCCUGCUGGUGCGCUAA